UGGAACUGAUGGGGAGGCUUUCUGAAUAACAUGGCCCUUCGCCAUUAGCCUUGCCAUGACCACAUUUUUCACCAGCGUCCCCCCCUGGAUUCAAGAUGCAAAGCAGGAGGAGGAAGUGGGCUGGAAACUAGUUCCCAGGCCUCGGGGCCGGGAAGCAGAGAAUCAAGUGAAGUGCCAAUGUGAGAUCUCGGGGACACCCUUCUCAAAUGGGGAGAAGCUGAGACCUCACAGCCUUCCCCAUCCAGAGCAGAGACCGUAUAGCUGCCCUCAGCUGCACUGUGGCAAGGCUUUUGCUUCCAAGUACAAGUUGUAUAGGCACAUGGCCACCCACUCAGCCCAGAAACCCCACCAGUGCAUGUACUGUGAUAAGAUGUUUCACCGCAAGGAUCACCUGCGGAACCACCUGCAGACCCAUGACCCGAACAAAGAGGCCCUCCACUGUUCUGAGUGUGGUAAGAAUUACAAUACGAAGCUGGGCUACCGGCGCCACCUGGCCAUGCAUGCUGCCAGCAGUGGUGACCUCAGCUGCAAGGUGUGCCUGCAGACAUUUGAGAAUACUCAGGUUCUGCUAGAGCACCUGAAGGCCCACUCACGCCGGGUAGCAGGUGGUGUCAAGGAGAAGAAGCACCCCUGCGACCACUGUGACCGGCGGUUCUACACUCGAAAGGAUGUGCGGCGGCACCUGGUAGUGCACACAGGUCGGAAGGACUUCUUGUGUCAGUACUGUGCCCAGCGGUUUGGCCGCAAGGACCACCUGACCCGUCAUGUAAAGAAGAGUCACUCACAGGAACUGCUCAAGAUCAAGACAGAGCCAGUGGACAUGUUAGGCCUACUCAGCUGCAGCUCCACAGUCAGUGUGAAGGAAGAGUUGAGCCCUGUGCUCUGUAUGGCCUCUCGGGACGUGAUGGGGGCCAAGGCCUUCCCUGGCAUGUUGCCCAUGGGCAUGUAUGGUGCCCACAUCCCUGCCAUGCCCAGUGCAGGCGUGCCACACUCCCUGGUGCAUAACACGCUGCCCAUGGGUAUGAGCUACCCUCUGGAAUCCUCACCUAUCUCUUCCCCAGCUCAGCUUCCUCCAAAAUACCAGCUUGGAUCUACCUCAUACUUGCCUGACAAAUUGCCCAAAGUGGAGGUGGAUAGUUUUCUGGCGGAGCUUCCUGGAAGCCUGUCUCUCUCAUCCGCUGAACCCCAGCCCGCCUCACCUCAGCCGGCGGCAGCUGCGGCUCUCCUUGACGAAGCACUGCUCACCAAGAGCCCCGCCAACCUCUCUGAGGCCCUCUGCGCUGCUAAUGUGGACUUCUCCCAUUUACUGGGCUUUCUUCCACUCAAUCUGCCCCCAUGUAACCCACCUGGGACCACAGGAGGUCUGGUCAUGGGCUACUCUCAGGCUGAGGCACAGCCCCUGCUCACCACUUUGCAAGCUCAGCCUCAAGAUUCUCCAGGAGCUGGGGGACCGCUGAACUUCGGGCCUCUGCACUCCUUGCCUCCUGUCUUCACCUCUGGCCUGAGUACCACCACCCUGCCUCGUUUCCACCAGGCAUUCCAGUAGCCCCCAAGGAGGCCCUCAGCUCAGACUUGGGCUCUGUCAGGGAGCCUCAGUACCUACCCUAUCCACAUCCCCAUGAAGGCAGCUGAGCUUUCAGAGCUGGGUUCAAAAAGAAUAAUUCCAGUAUCUGUAUGGAGCACUUGGUUUGGAUGCUCAGGCUCUAGGAUCAUUUCCAGAAGGCACCUUGAGCCCCAACCCCAUGAAAGGAUCUCAUAUCAUAGGACUUCAGGUAUUUUUGAUUUCAUUGUUUUGAUCUGAAUCGGGAGUCACACUUGGCCUUGGUCUCCAAAGCCACACUUGGUCUCCAGAGCAUCAGCGCCACCUUCUCACUGGAGAAGGAGAGGCCUCUUGGAGUCAUAGAGGGAUUCACUUUGGAUGACCUCAAGAGAAAUAGCCCACAAAACCCACCUUCUGGCCCCAACCUGCAGGCCCCGCGCAGUCAGUUGGUCAGGCCCUGCUGCAGAGGAUCACUCGGCCUCUCCCCUGCUCACAACUGAUGGGCAGGAGACAAGGCCUCUCUUCUUCCCCACCGUCCCGUCCCUUCUGUACCAGCACCUCCAUUUUCAGUCAGUGUUUUCCAGCAACGGUACCGUUUACACAGUCGUCUCAGACACACCAUUUCACCUCCCUUGCCAAGCUGUUAGCCUUAGAAUGAUUGCAGUGAACAUUGUUUACACACUGUGAAUCCAUUCCCAUUAGUCCAUUCCAGUUCGUACCAGCCAGAACCAUUUGGUACCUGGUGUUAACUGGAGCCCUGUUUACAAGGCGGAGUCGGGUCUUGCUGACUUCUCUUCACUCGAGGUCACAUUUUUCCCCUGUGGGGAAAUAAACUGACUUUGGACUGCUUCACUCUCUGCCAUCUUCCAUGACUGUGUCUGUUCCUGCCGUCUUCAGCAGUGUCCACAGAAGAUAGGCAAGAAGAUUGGAGCAGUUUACUCACAGGUCUGCAAUUCUGUUUUUCUCCAAGUACAUCAUGAUCCCCUCAUCCUCUGCUUGGACUGGAGUGGGGAAGAAAUGCAAGGCACACCUACUUCCAUCAUUUCCUGCACCCUGACCCCCACCCUAAACAUCAUGAAUUGUCAUUAGUCUUGGAAGGAGGGACUUGGGUUCAAGGCUGGUGUGGAUAGUAAAGGAGAGGGUAUGAACACUCAUUUUUCUCUCCUAACUGUCCCUUUUCCAGGAAGUCGUGGAAUUGUUGGAAGAAGACUUUCCAGAAAGCUAAGACUAGGCCUACUCUAUGGGUACAGCAUCCCCUCCCAUGCCUGCCUUUCUUCUUACCCAGCUUCCCUCCUCCCUCCUGCACUUUGCAGUCCCCAUGGACUCAGGGCCACCAUUCUUCUCUGCUCUCCAUUCAGCAAAUUCCGCCUUCUUGUGUUCCUCCCCCACGGCCCCAAACCUCUUCUGCUUCCAGUACCCGGUAAGAUUUCUUGCAACAGUUGAUGAAUUCUCUUCUGACUUGGGUUCCUGCCAUAAACAGCACAGCCCUUG